AUUUUGGCAGCGCGAGGAUAUGGGGCAGUUGGACAGAUGAUGUGAUACCAAACUAUUCUGUAUUCGCAAUUUGUGUUUUUGCAAAUUGAUUGCCAAUUUUGCCUGGUUUUUAUAAAAAAAGACAAAAUUAAGUAUAUACUGACUGACUCUAAUUAAAUGAGUUUAUCCUAUAUUCUUGGGUUAUUAAAAAAGUUUACCAAACAUUAUUGUCCUAUUUCUGCAAAAAUAUCCAAUUUCGAAACUAACAAAAGCCGGCUCAUCACAUUUUCGACGUUUUUUGGCCUAAAUUUGCUGCAGAACCUUACAAAAAUGAGUUCCACUGGGGUCGGGGUCGAGGGAGGUUUAGGAAAGAUGAAGUUUAUCGGUAUUGAUUCAUGAAUAAAAUUGCAUGUUUAUGCAGAUAAUUUGACAUUGGAGCUAACCUUACCGACGAUAUGUACUCUGGAAUGUACAACGGGAGCAAAAAACAUGAGCCAGACAUAGAUAAAGUGUUAUCAAGAGCUUGGAAUGUGGGACUGGAAAAGAUUUUCAUAACUGCUGGAAAUCUUUCUGAUGUCAGAAAUUCAUUGAAAUUGGCAAACACUAAUGAUCGUCUCUAUACAACUGUCGGCGUCCAUCCUACACGUUGCUCUGAAUUCGACACGGAAUUUCCAACCCCAUCAGAGUAUAUUCAAAAUCUGAAGCAAGAAUUUGAUUCGAAUAUAGAUAAAAUUGUGGCCUUGGGCGAAUUCGGCCUGGAUUAUGAACGGACGAAAUUUUGUGACGUGGAAACUCAGAAAAAGUACUUCCGUCUCCAACUAGAACAACUCGGUCCUUAUACUAAUCUUCCCUUGUUUCUCCAUUGCCGAGCAGCAGCGACUGAUUUGCAUGAAAUCCUUUCUCAAAAUUUGUCUUCGUUUCCUCGAGGGGGUGUGGUUCACUCGUUUGACGGAAGUGAAGAGGAAAUGAAAAACUUUGUUCAGCUCGGACUGCAUAUUGGCCUUAAUGGAUGUUCUUUGAAAACAGAAGAAAACUGCAAAGUAGUUAAAGAAAUUCCAGUGGAACGCAUACUUUUUGAGACUGAUGCCCCAUGGUGUGGGAUUAGACCAUCUCAUUUCUCUUCAAGCUUUGUCAAAACCAAGUUUCCAGCAGUUAAAAAGAACUAUGAUGAAAAUAUGAUGUACAAGACUAGAAAUGAACCACAUACAAUUUUAAACAUAUUAGAAAUAGUGGCUCAUAUAAAAGGAGACAUGGACCCUGCAGAUUUGGCGAGUAAAGUUUACGAAAAUACACUAAAAUUAUUUUCUUAAAACUUCAUUUUUUGAAAUAAAACAACAUGACUAAUUUUCUAUUGUUAAAAA